AUGGACGCAGUAAUUGGUAUUUUUAACUCAAGUACCUUGGCUUUUUUCUCCAUAACUACUUCAGCUUCCAAUGACGGUUUGUAUCCUGAAACUGCUCUUCUUCCUCAGUUUACUGGUGCUACAUUAGUGGUUCUUGCUGUAAUAAUGGCAACUGCAGCAGUUUUGAUAACACUUGGAAAUGCUUUGAUUUUUCUUGCCUUUGUGGUAGAUGAAAGACUUAGAACACAGAGCAACCUGUAUCUUCUGAGCUUGGCUAUAUGUGACUUUUGUGUAGGUGUAGUCUCCAUUCCUUUUAACAUACCCCAUACUCUAUAUGGAACUUGGAUGUUUGGAAAAACACUUUGCAAGUUCUGUAUGGUAAUAGACUACACAGUAUGUGCAGCUUCAGUUUUUAACAUUGCUGUUAUCAGUUAUGAUCGACACCUGUCUGUCACUAAUCCGGUUGAUCAUCGAGCUCAGCAAACAUGUAGCACCAUUACUAAGAUUACUGCUGUAUGGCUGCUUGCAUUUAUUGUUUAUGGACCAGCACUGAUGUUUGGGGACACUAUCACAAGACAAUUACAAAUACCGAGUGACCAUUGUUAUGCUGAAUUUACAUAUGGUUGGUACUUUUCAGCUUGCCUUCUAACUUGCAAUUUUUUCAUUCCCUUCGUCAGUGUAAGUUAUUUCAAUUUAGAUAUAUACUGGAAUAUCAGAAAGCGAAUGAAAAAGAGGCAAAUUAAAGUGAUUAAUAAGAUGCAAUUUGAGUCAAAAAGUGAAGAAGAAGAAACAUUUUCAUCCUUCAAAAGAAUAUAUAUACUUUUACUAAAAAAAAAUCUAGUCUGUUCUUCUUCUGGGUCAAAAGAAUCUACUGUUAACAAAUGUCAGCAAACUCCUUCAGUGCAAAAAAUGGACAAAAUCAGUAGCAGUCGGAAUAACAAGCACAUCUCAUCAACAGAGGAUGAGCAGAAAAUAACAUCUCAAAAUUCUGCAUUAAGACUCUCCAAGGAUAAAAAGAUUGCAAAGUCUCUUGCUGUGCUUGUUUGCAUUUUUGGCAUUUGCCAGGCACCAUACACAUUUUUUUCUAUUAUUAUUUCAGUAAGCUGGAAUGACUUUGCAUAUUACUGGAGUUGUAUCACAGGAUGGAUUAUGUGGCUGAACUCUCUCAUAAAUCCUCUUUUGUACCCAUUGUGCCAUCGCAGUUUCCGAAGAGCAUUUUCUAAAAUAUUUUGCCAUAAAUAA